GAUUUUCUCUCUCUCUCUCUUACGUUUUAAAAAGUAAAAACAAAUACCUCUAAACACCAUCGUCUCUCUCUCUCUCUUCUUAUCCAAACAUGGCUGCAACAGCAACUGUAUCAUCAUCGCCAUUGAAGCGCCAAAGAGAUGAGCAAGAACAAGAAAUCAUCAUAGCACAAGAAGAAACAAAAAGACAAAAGCCUUGUUCAUCUUCUUCCUCGUACAACCAAGUUCAAUGUCUUCUAGAUGAUACAGAAGUAGUAGAAGAUGAAGCCGACAAUGACAUAACUUCCCUAAUCACUACUCUUCAGCAAGAAAUCUCAACAGAAGAGCAUAACGCUACCCUUUUCGAAGAGAACCCUUCUCUCUCUUCUUCUUGUUCCUCCUCAUCUUCGUCUUCGUGCACCUCGAAAGAAGAUGAGUACGAGGAAGAUAAAGAGAAGGUGAUGAAGCAUCUUCUUGAAGCUUCAGACGACGAACUCGGGAUCCCUAACACUGAAACUGGCGGGAGUAAUUAUGAGAUGAUUAAGAGUCAUGAGACUAAUCAGGAUUACGUUAAUGGGUUUAGUUUAUUAGAUGGGUUUGGUGUUGGGCUUUGGGAGCUAGAGGACGAAGCAGCUAAUUAUUACACGUUGCUGCAGUCAGAACUGUUCAUGUAGACAAGGCUAAAGUAGGUAAAACAAGAAAAAGAGGAUGGGUAAAAAAAGGAAAGUAAAAGACCAUAUUUUGAUGAUGAAAAAGUAAUAAAGAAAAAGAAGAGACUAUUUUCUUUAAUUGAAAAUUCUUUUAUCAUUAUUGGGUUUUUGUUAUUUUUUCCAUGUGGAUUUGACAAGUGUCCUCUUUUUAUUUGUGUAGAUACUAUAUGAAUUAUAUUGGUUUGAUUAAUUUAGUGGGACUAAUGAUAAUGAUACUAUUUUGUUGUUUUUA